AUGACCUCCACGCAGAACGGCCAAGCAGACAAGCCAGCUGCAGUUCCUCAACAGCGCCGAUCCGAGAGAUUUUCCUCGACGGAAGGCGAGAUAGUUGUAUUCCGCUCCAGCGACAACGUCCUCUUCAACAUCCAUCGCGCCAACCUCCGCGCCGUGACCGACGGCCCUUUCGCUGAGGACUUUGUGUCGAGUGAGACCGACAUCGCCGAUCUCACCGAGAAUAGCGAUAUCCUGGAGAUCAUCUUCCAGUUCGUCUAUCCGGGUCAUCUCCCGCUGCUCGAUGCGCUCGGCUCGGACCUACUCUUCUCGCUCGCAGAGGCAGCAGAAAAGUAUCGAGUUGCCCCCGCGAUGGCUGUAUGCUAUCUCCAAAUCCGGAAAUUCUACAUGGUCCGAAAUGACUUCGCCCUGCAAAAGAUGAGAUACGCAUACAGGCAUGGAUACGUCGAGUUCAUGGACGAGGUAGCACCGAGGACCCUCAGGGAAACAUCCCAAAACGCACUUGAAAUCAUGGGCGCAGGAAUACUGUAUAUUGCUUGGACCUUGUAUAAGGAGGCUUGGAUCAAGAUCGUCACGAAUGAAUCAUAUUCGCUACGAAUUCAAAAUGAUCAUGGCUUGCAGAAUGUUAAAUGCGAGGCAUGGGCUUCCCUCGUCUAUGCGGUUGAGCGGAGUCUUGGCGAAGUUCGAGUUGUCACACCCCAUCUUGUGCGCGUGUUAUUCCAUGGAAAAGAGAAAAUAGCCGACGAGUGUAAACACAGUCACCCCAUGGGAAUGACGCACUGUAGGCAUCAGCUCGCGUUGUGGAAGGGUAUUGUGGAAGAGGAAGCGAAGAAGGUGCCUCCAUUUUCUCACUUUGUAUCUUCGGUGUCAAGGGGUUGA